CCGCCCGUGCUGCUGCUGGAGCUACUUUGCUAACAAAAUGGCAGCGUUCUUACAGUGGAGGAAAUUUGUCUUUUUCGACAAAGAUACGGUGAAGGACCCCGGUGAUAAUGGGAAAGACUUCAUGCUCCCAAAAGGAAUAUCGGCUUGUGAUUCGGGCCGAGGUCACAUCGUUCUCGGAGAUAUGGAAGGCAAGAUCUGGCUUUUGAUGCGCUCGCUACAGCUGACGUCAUUUCAGGCCUACAAGCUGCGGGUAACACACCUCCACCAGCUGAAGCAGCACAGCAUCCUCGUAUCCGUGGGACAGGAUGAACAUGGAAUAAACCCUCUAGUAAAGGUCUGGAACCUAGACAAAAGAGACAGUGGAAAUCCUCUGUGCACUAGAAUUUUUCCUGCAAUUCCCGGCAACAAGCCGACAGAAGUGUCUUGCCUUAGUGUUCACGAGAACCUCAACUUCAUGGCCAUUGGCUUCACAGAUGGCAGUGUGGUGUUGACAAAAGGUGACAUCACCAGAGACCGUCACAGUAAAACUCUGACUCUCCACGAGGGAACUAGUCCAGUCACGGGCCUCGCCUUCCGCCAAGUGGCAAAAGUUACACAUUUGUUCGUUGCCACUCUCGAGAAAGUCCAUUGCUACACCCUGUCCAUCAAGGAGUACCCUAAAUUGGAGCUGGAUACACACGGCUGUGCACUGCGCUGCUCCUCCCUGACCGACCCCUCCCAGGAUUCCCAGUUCAUCGUGGCUGGUGAGGAAUGCGUGUACCUGUACCAGCCUGAUGAGCGAGGCCCCUGUUUUGCUUUUGAUGGACACAAGCUGCUGGCUCACUGGCACCGGGGAUAUCUGUUCUUACUCAUCAGGGACUUGAAGUCACCCAACAAGGCGGGGUUUGGUAGCAGAGAGGUGUCUCCGUCAGACAAACAGCUUCUCACCAUCUAUGACCUGGACAACAAGUUCAUCGCCUACAGUGCCUCUUUUGAGGAUGUCAUUGACGUGGUGGCGGAGUGGGGCUCCUUCUACAUCCUGACCAGAGAGGGUAAAAUGUUUGUUCUUCAGGAAAAGGACACACAGACCAAACUGGAGAUGCUGUUUAAGAAGAACUUGUUUGUGAUGGCCAUAAACCUCGCCAAGAGCCACCACUUGGACAGCGAUGGACUGUCAGAGAUCUUCAGACAGUAUGGGGAUCACCUGUACCUUAAGGGAGACCAUGAUGGCGCCAUCCAGCAGUACAUUCGCACCAUCGGAAAGCUGGAGCCAUCGUACGUCAUCAGGAAAUUCCUGGACGCACAGAGGAUCCACAACCUGACCGCGUAUCUACAAGCCCUGCACAGGCAGUCCCUGGCUAACGCUGACCACACCACACUGCUGCUGAACUGUUACACGAAGCUAAAGGACAGCUCCAAGCUGGAAGAGUUCAUCAAGAGCAGUGAAAGUGAAGUCCACUUCGACGUUGAGAUUGCCAUCAAGGUUCUUCGGCAGGCUGGGUACCACAGCCACGCUGUCUUCUUGGCUGAGAAACACAUGCACCAUGAGUGGUACCUGAAGAUCCAGCUGGAGGACCUGAAGAACUAUCAGGAAGGGCUGCGUUACAUCGGGCGUCUGCCGUUUGAACAAGCCGAAAGCAACAUGAAGCGUUACGGAAAGACACUGAUGCACCACGUGCCUGAAGGCACCACGCUGCUCCUGAAAGGUUUAUGCACCAACUACCAACCUAAUGCAGACACGGCCGAAAGAGACAGCCUCGACAGGAAUGUGGUCAACAAGGCCAACUCGGAGGAAUUCAUCCCAAUUUUUGCGAAUAACCCUCGCGAGCUGAAAGCCUUCCUGGAGCACAUGAUCGAGGUGGACCCCCGCUCUCCCCAGGGCGUGUAUGACACGCUGCUGGAGCUCAGGCUGCAAGACUGGGCGCACGAACAGGAGCCUGAGAGGAGAAAGGUUUUACAGGGGGAAGCUGUGUCGCUACUGAGGAGUGACAACACCGUGUUUGACAAGGCCCUGGUGCUCUGCCAGAUGCACAACUUCAAGGAGGGCGUCCUCUACCUCUAUGAGAAAGGCAAACUGUACCAGCAGAUAAUGCACUACCACAUGCAGAAUGAGGAAUACGGGAAAGUGGUCGACGCCUGCAAGCGCUAUGGCGACCAGGAGGGUUGCCUUUGGGAGCAGGCUCUGGGCUACUUUGCCAGAAAAGAAGAGGACUGCAAGGCGUACAUCAGCGAGGUCCUUCAUCACAUCGAUCAGAACAACCUCAUGCCUCCAUUACUGGUGGUGCAGACACUGGCCCACAACUCGACAGCCACUCUCUCCGUCAUCAAGGACUACCUCAUCAACAAGCUGCAGAGAGAGAGCCAGCAGAUAGAGGACGAUGAGCGAAAGAUCGGCCAGUACCGCGAGGAAACCGCUCACCUCCGCUCCGAGAUCCAGGAGCUCAAAACCAGUGCCAAGAUAUUCCAGAAGACCAAGUGCAACAUGUGCAACAGUCCCCUGGAGCUGCCAUCGGUUCAUUUCCUGUGCAGCCACUCCUUCCACCAACACUGCUUCGAGAGCUACGCUGAGAGCGAGGCAGAGUGCCCAACUUGCACUCCGGAGAACCGUAAAGUCAUGGACAUGCUGCGGGCACAGGACCAGAAACGUGACCUGCACGACCACUUCAACAGACAGUUACGCAGCUCUAAUGAUGGAUUCUCGGUCGUGGCCGACUAUUUUGGCCGAGGAGUGUUUAACAAACUGACCUUGGUCACUGAUCCGCCCGGCAACAAAACUAUGGGUAGUCUAGAAGUCAACCUGCAGAGAGAUCUUCUCAUUCACACCAAGAGAAACAGCUAGAACCCGAAUCUUGACACCAAUGCAGACUUUUGAUCGCACGCUUUGCUGCGCGAGAUGCCACCUUAUUUGUCAGCGAACACGUCCGCCUGCUUUUAGUACCUGCAAUGGACCUUUUUGCUUAUUGGACUCCAGUUCAAGUCCUGGCUCAUUGGGGAGUGAUUUAAUAAUGCAAAUGUCUUUAAAACAUGUAAACCAUGCUCAGUCUCACCAGGGAUUAUUCUGCUUGUAUGUGUUUGUCUCUGGUUUGUGAUGUACUUGAUUCCUAACACAUGCACACACACAAAAAACAACAACAUUCGUCGUUAAUAAAAUUCUGCCUGGCCCACAAAAUUGUGAGUAAAAUCAGGAAUUUUUUUUUUUUUUUUUUUUUUAAAUCAAAUUUAUUUAAGUUUUACCAUAUACAACAAGUGUAGUGCCGGCAAUUAUUCCAUACGUACAUCACUAACACAACUCCACAGCAGCUAACACAAAUGUAUAUAAUAGGCACUGAUGGGAUGUACAAAACAACAAUAACUGUCGUUAUAAGAAUAAACCUACUAUAACCACA